ACCGUUUUCCGAAAACGAAACACAGGAUGGACGCGCUGCACACCGAGACAGCGGAGCACCCGCUCCACGACGCCGCCCGCGAGAAUGACGUGGCAGUCUUAGAGAGCGCGCUGGCGUCAACGCCCGUCGAUUCGCUGGACCAGUACAAGCUCACGGCGCUACAUUGGGCGUGCGACCGGGCUCAGCCCGACGCCGUCGCGUGGCUGCUCGCCCACGGGGCUGAUGCUAAUGCCGUCGAGCGGAGACUCUUCAAGCGCCGGCCACUUCACUUCGCGGCGCUCGGCGGCGCGAGCUCGAGUGUCAUCUCGAUGCUAUUGGCCCACGGCGCAGACCUCGAGGCCACCGACCAUUAUGGCCGCACCGCGCUCCACUGCGCCGCCCACAGCGGCAACAUCCCAGUGCUAUCGUGUCUUCUCCAGCACAAAGCCAACGCGAGAGCGACGACAUCGACAGGUCAAACAGUACUUCACGUCGCUGCGAUGAACGGUCAAGGUCCAGCUGUGGCCUUCUUGUCCGAGAGGCUGUCCGACAUGGUUGCUUAUGUCGAUGGUCAUGGACAGACCGCAAAGGACCUCGGCGUCGUAUGGCUACCCUAUUCUGCGACUGGAUCGGAGAACCACCAAUAGUCCAGUUGAAUUCACCUCCAGUCCUCGGUUGAGUUGGCUUUGCAGGAUUCGCAUCGAUCGUCCGGACAUCCUCUACGACUUCGUGCCGGCCAUCUUGCCGCGCUGGUGUCGCCCGUACCUCCCAAGAUCAUCGGCACAUUGCACACAAUGUCUUUACACGCUCCGCGCCACCUCGUAUGUAUAUGGUCGUGGCACGUGUGUUGGCUAAGAACUUAUCUUGUAAUCGGAUGAUGUGAUAGCUGCA